CCGUUUCUUUUUGUUGUAUCCGUUUCCUUUUUAGUCGUUUCAUAAUGUUGUAUCCACUUAGAAUCUUUCCAUUUUUGGACAUACUUUUUUUCCUAAAAUACCCUUAUAUUUCAAUCUAAUAACCAAAAAACCUAAAGAAUCUACCCAUAUUCCCACCUAAUUUUCCCCACCCAUAAUAUUUUAUUCAUUUAACCCACCCACCUCCCUUAUUAAAUUAAUAAAACCCUAACGUCACUCUCACCUCUCUCUCCUUAUAACCCGUCCCUCUCACCCUCUCUCUCCUCAUUCUCUUCGGAUCCCUCUCUCCUCCUGUCUCCCUCUCUCUCCUCAAGAAAUCUCUCUGUUUCUCUAAAAACCCUAACCUUCUCCGCCCCUGUUCUUCGUUUUUUUUGGUGAGAUCUCUCAGAUCUUUGGGGUUUUCGCUCAAAAUUGUUCUCAAACUUUAACCGGAACGACAUUCCGGUGAGAUCCCCUCUAGUUUUGUCCCCUUUGUCGUCCCAAAUCCCGGUUGGUAAUCGAUUCUCUGGUGAAAUUUUUUUGGGGAUAAAAUCGGAGUUUUAUUAGGGUUUUAUUAAUUUCUUAAUGGGAUCCUCUUCCUCCAAAUAUCUUCCGACUUAUUCGGUUGGUACUUCUGGGCAACGAAUUCCUGACUCAAACUGUGAUUGGGGCUCGAAAUGCAUUUGUCCCAACAACGAGCACUCGUAUUCUGGCGAGUAUCUGAAUAAUUUGAGGUUGGCCCAGAAGGAGAACACGAGUACCCGAAAUUAUCUCAAAGCUUGGUUUGAGAAAAUGGAAGUGGAGCCUGGUGAAGAGGUGGAGUCCAAAUACGACGAUCGAGUCCCCACACCAGCAGAUCUGAGAUUCUUUGGAGGAGACGAAUCUGAUGAGGAACCCAAUCACUCUGAUUCAUUCGACCUAUACUAUGUGGGUGAGUGUGAGAACACAACUGCUGGUCCAGAGGUUUCUGAUGGGCAAUGUUCGGUUUCGUCCCCAAACGUGAAGGAAGAUGAAAUAAAAAAAAAGCCACCUAAGGGUGUUGAUGAUGCUUAGAGAUAACAUUUUGGGUUGCUUCAUCAUCAUCAUAAUCUGAAUCAGAGUUCGUCCCGUCUCCUUCAUCAUCGGAAAAACCGAGGAACUCGUCCUCCUCUUGAUCUGAAGCCAUUAAUGUCCCCUUGCUGAUUAAUUGUAGUG